AUGUCCCGACGCAAGCAGGGGAACCCGCAGCACCUGUCCCAGAGAGAAAUAACACCUGAUAUUGAGCACCAAGAUGGCAGCCUGCUCUCCGACUCCUUACUGUCACAGUCGCUUGGCCUACCUCCCCACGCGUUGGAGCCUAGCCUGGCCCACGCCCUGCCACCUGGACUUCACGCCGACCACGACCUGCUGACAUGCGGCCAGUGCCAGCUGACCUUCCCGCUGGGCGACAUCCUUCUCUUCAUUGAGCACAAGAAGAAGCAGUGCCAAAUUCCGCUGCUGGCCAAUGGCUGCUACGACAAGAUGAGCGACCGCGGAGGAGGGAGUCCCACUCUGCAGGGCCUACACCACCAUGGCCAGCGGGUGGAGCUGAAGAAGGUGCUGGAGCCAGUGGAGAUCGGCAUUCAGGUGACACCUGAGGAGGAGGAGGAAGAGGUGGGAGGAAGAGGAAGAGGAGGGCAAGGAGGGGAGAGGAGAGAGAGGACGCCCAUCAAAGGAAUUUGCCCCAAGCAGGAAAACGCACUGGCAGGUGGCAGGGAUGAGCCUUCCAGCUAUAUAUGUACCACAUGCAAACAGCCCUUCCCCAGCGCCUGGUUCCUGCUGCAGCAUGCCCAGAACAUCCAUGGCAUUCGCAUUUACCUGGAGUCCCACCCCUCCAGCACAGCCCUCACUCCCCGCAUCACUAUGCCUCCGCCCAUGGGCAACAACUCCAUCCCACAGUCCCCCCUUACCAACUUUCUUGGGGACAACAAUCCUUUCCAUCUCCUAAGGAUGACAGGUCCCCUGCUACGGGAGCCUCCCCCAGGUUUUGUGGAGAACCGCCUUCCCAACACACCUCCGUUUGUCAGCCCCCCUCCCCGCCAUCACCUGGACCCCCACCGGCUGGAACGCCUUAGUGCAGAGGAAAUGGGCCUCAUCUCCCAGCACCCUAGUGCCUUUGAGAGGGUGAUGCGGCUAACACCUAUGGCCAUGGAGUCCCAGUCUAUGGACUUCUCCAGACGAUUACGUGAGUUGGCAGGGAACAACAACAGUACCACACCUCCAUUAUCACCCAGCAGGGCCAACCCUAUGCACCGACUACUAAACCCCAACCCCUUUCAGCCCGGACCAAAAUCUCCCUUUCUUAGCACACCCCCUUUACCACCAAUGCCCCCAAAUAGCACCACUCCUCCCCAGACACAGAUCAAGGUCAAGUCCUGUGAGUUCUGCGGUAAGACCUUCAAAUUUCAGAGCAACUUGGUGGUGCAUCGGCGCAGCCAUACAGGAGAAAAACCUUACAAGUGCCAGCUGUGUGACCACGCCUGCUCUCAGGCAAGCAAACUGAAGCGCCACAUGAAGACACACAUGCACAAGGCUGGAUCCCUGACCGGGCGCUCAGAUGAUGGACUGUCUACUACGAGCUCUCCAGAGCCAGGUACCAGUGAUGUCACGGGUGAGGGCAUGAAGAAUCGUGACAGGGACUUCCAGGGGGAAGGCAACGAGGAGGAAGAAGAGGAGGAAGAAGAAGAGGAACUUGAGAAUGAGAGUCGACCAGAAUCCAACUUCAGCAUGGAGUCUGAGUUCUACCGCAACAGGGAGAAUGGUUCUAAACCAUUAUCAGAGGAGAAGUCAUCACUCUCUCUUGAGAAGAUGAUGGAGGGUGGGGGCCUCAACUCUAUACAGCAGUACAAUAAUUUAAUAGUUGACAAUCGUAAAAGGAUGCCCUUCUCUAAGAGGGGCUCAGAUGGGCUGCGAGAAACUGGGGAUGAAGACUCAGUGGCUGGCGAAAUAGACCACCACCAGCAGGAAGAGAGGACCACCAUUAAUGGCCGGAACUGUGGCUCUGGUGACUCUUUCUCAGGCCUGUUCCCCCGUAAGCCCACACCCAUCACUAGCCCCAGCCUGUCCAUCUCUUCAAAUAAGAGGAUCAAGAUUGAGAAGGACUUGGACCUUCCUCCAGCACCCCACAUUCCCUCAGAGAACGUCUACUCCCAGUGGUUGGUGGGCUACGCUGCCUCGCGACACUUCAUCAAAGACCCUUUCCUAGGUUUCACCGACUCUAGACAAUCUCCCUUUGCCACCUCCUCUGAGCACUCAUCAGAGAAUGGCAGCCUGCGGUUCUCAACACCUCCGGGUGACCUGCUGGAUGGUGGCCUUUCCGGCCGCAGCGGCACCGCCAGUGGGGGCAGCACACCACAUCUGGGUGGAGGUCCUGGACCAGGUCGACCUAGCUCCAAGGACAGCAGGAGGUCUGACACCUGCGAAUACUGUGGAAAGAUCUUCAAGAACUGUAGCAACCUGACGGUUCAUCGGCGCAGUCACACAGGUGAAAGGCCCUACAAGUGUGAGCUGUGCAACUAUGCCUGCGCCCAGAGCUCCAAGCUCACGCGCCACAUGAAGACACAUGGCCAGCUUGGUAAGGAGGUCUACCGCUGUGACAUUUGCCAAAUGCCCUUCAGCGUGUACAGCACUCUGGAAAAACACAUGAAAAAGUGGCAUGGAGAACAUUUGAUGACCAAUGAGGUCAAAAUUGAACAAGCAGAGAGAACCUAA